GCAAUGUGUCCUGGAUGUCCUGCGGCUUCGCACCAAAACAAAACGUGUCGUCUCCACAGAAGUCAUGGCCACCAGAGUAGUUGCACUUGUUUGUCUUUUUUUCUUCGCUUAUUUUUCUCCAAACCUGGGAGAUAAAGUACUUUCACUCACGGAUGUAGAUUUUGACGACAAAGUGUUCGGAUCAUCCACGCAUUUUGUAAUGUUUUACGGCCCGUGGUGUGAAUACUGCAAGAGUUUCAUGCCAACAUGGAGUCUACUGGCAGACCACUACAGCAAAAUUCCUCACAGCGAACACGUAACUAUAGCUAAGGUUGAUUGUACAAAAGAGACUCCACUCUGUGCCAAACAAAAUAUUCGCGCAUAUCCAACGUUAAAGCUGUAUUACGACCAUGGUGAAAUCAAGAGAUAUAAUGGUAAAAGAAGAGUGGACGAUCUGAAGGCCUUCAUUGACAAGUUUGUAGUUACAUCAGAGCAAAAGGAAAAUGAGCAGUCAGAAACAAGUGAAUCUGAUAAUGGAUUAUACACACUGACUGCAGAGAACUUUGACAGACAUGUGGAAAUGGGACUUCAUUUUGUGAAGUUCUAUGCUCCAUGGUGUAGCCACUGCCGCAAGCUUGCGCCCACUUGGAAAGCAUUAGCAGAAUUUCAUAAAGACAGUGUAGAUGUAACAGUUGCCAAGAUUGAUUGUACAACUGAAAGCAAAAAAUGUACUGAACACAAUAUCCAUGCAUUUCCUACUCUCAAGUUGUUUAAAGAUGGAAGAGAGGUUGACAGUUAUGAUGGAUCCCGUUUGCUUGAUGAUUUGAAGAACUACUUGACUCUGAAGAUCUCGGAGCACAGUCUGUUAAGCAGUGCAACCACAGAAAACAGCGAGACAGCUGAGGAGGUCCCAUCAGAAGAUACUGAUGCCGACAUGAUUAAACCAUUCCAGCUAACUGACAGCAACUUUGAUGCCAUGGUCAGUGUUGGUACAACAUUUGUUGAAUUUUAUGUCCCUUGGUGUAUCCAUUGUCAAAAGCUCUCACCAGUUUGGGACCAGUUGGCAAACAAAUGCGCGGACAGGGCGUCUGGACCAAGAAUUGCUAAGGUUGAUUGCUCAGAAGAAGCUGAACUUUGUCAGAGUUUUGGGAUCAGUGGUUACCCGACGCUUAUUCUGUUUCGCAGAGGAACUCAGAAGCAGGAGUAUCGCGGACCAAGAGAUUUGGACAGUCUGUACAACUUUGCUGUCCAGCACCAUGAUGAGUUGUAGCUCCUAGGAUGUAGCCAAUAACCAAGCAGAAUAUAAUUUAUGUCUCUACCGUCGACCAAUCAGAUGCGUCGGUAUAUAGAGCGUGUACCCUGAUCGGGGAAGAUAUGCAGUACGCGAACCAGAAACUGUCGCAAAGAAAAUAGUGAAGGAAUAGUGGUAGUUAUAGGAAGUGGUCGCGUUUCGUGGAAAUGCCUUCGUCAGGCACAAAACUUUGCUAUAGUAAUGCAUUGUUUAGAAACAUUUGUACAGGAAAAAAUUCUCUUUCAAUCAUUGUACUUACAUCGAGAUGAACUAAGUCGUGCAAUCUGAUUGUUAAGACGUGUUCCACGAGCAGUGAAAAACAAGGUGUCAGUAAUGACUCGGGGAUGAAGAUAGAAGAACGCAUAGGAAAACACUUUCGCCAAAAAUUAAGUUUAUUCUGGAAACGUAAAUUUACAUUCUCUAAGUUCUCUAAGUCUUCACUACACCUUUUUCAGAGUGUUUUAACAGGUUAACAGUUACCAUGAUACAGCAGCUUUCCAACAUUGCGACUUGACACAACUUGACACGUGACCCGAAACAAACUGACCGCACGACUAAACAAGGCGGGCUCAAACAAAGGUAUUGGUUUCUCAAGAAACUUUUGGGUUGCGACAACGGGAAGUGAUAAAACACUUAGGCGGCGUCCACACUGCGCCUUAGAAAUUUGAAAACGCAGCUUUACCUCUACGGUGAGAUCUACCGUCCACACCAAUCCGUCGCGAAAACGGAGCUUUUCGAAAACGCUCUUCAAACCGGAGGAUAUUGAAAACGCCGGCUUUUCGUUUUCGUGUUGACGGAAAACAUGUAGACAACAGAGCUUUUUGAAAACGAUGGUGUCACGAUUAUAAUUUAUUUUCCCUGCCCGAGUUUUCCUCAAACGCAAAUGCAAAAUGAUCGGCGAUUGUUGCGUUUUUAAAUUCCUCCGGCGUGUUGUGGACGGGCCCUUGAAUAUGUAUCAAUUUGAAGUUAACAAGGUAAAUUAACCACGGUGGCUAGGUUACCUUGAUUAUAAAUAUCUAGGGACUUAAAUAAAUCUACAUGUGUUUUUAAUCGGUGAAGGCUGGAUGCUGAUUGCUCAGUGUGGAAUUAGAGCUUCGCCAGAACUAGCGUCAAAAUAUCUUUGACGUUUUUAUGUUAUCGAUGAUUUAUGUUUUUCAUUCACUGUCCUCUUUCAUUUCCGACUACUGCCGAGCGCGCGGUUCCGUAUUAGCGAACCAUAGUUACCAUACUGAGUAAGAAGUCUCAUGAUACGAAACAGUGCUCGACAGUAGUCGGAAGCUGGGAGGAGCCGCCGAACAUUUGAUUGACGGUAGCGAAAAACGCAUUUUUCGGUUGAGCUUUGAAUUCUAGAGUCCGCAUGUUAUUGAAAGGCGCAGUAAUGGUUUUACUUUGGCGGGAAUAACUGAGUAUUCUUCGACACUUUACAACAUUUUUUCGCAAAAUGUAAAAGUGGCGAUACAACUUCCCCGCGAGCAAACAGUCAACGAUGAACAAACCACUGAUUUUCUGUAAUGACGAUUUAAACAAAAGAAAGUUAAAUAACGAAACAGAUAAACUUCAGUGUUCGCUGAAGACUAUACAAUGCAAACCUUACAGUUGUUUCAGAACUGAGUUAAUUUAAAUGAGAGGGAUGCUGAGGAAAAUACCUUAUUUAAAAUACAUCAAAUAUUUCGCUAACACGCGAUUGGUCUAAACGCGUCACGUGACUGAGUAUGCCCCAGUUAAAACUGGGAAAUAUCCGAGUGAUAUUCCUCAAUUUUCAAAUUCCGCGUGUUGCAUGAAUAUUUGAUGCAUAAUAAACACAAUAGCCUUCAUUUGACUUUCAAAAUACGCUGAAAUAUUUGCCCGUGGACAUUAUCUGUUCCUCGAAGCUCACAAUUUUCAUCAGAUUAUGUCCACAGACAAAUAUCCGAGCAUAUUUUCGCGGCAAAUGAAGGCUAUUGUUUAUAUAAAUAUGAAAGAGAGUACAUCGUAAAUAGGUUAUCUUGACCUGUUAAAAUAAACUCUUAAAUUUAAGUCUCAGGCUUUCAUAUAAUCAUAAUGCUAUUAAUAAAUAAGAACUUCUUACACAUACUGUACAAAUCAAAAUAUACCAUACAAUCAAUAAUAUUCGAAAAAGUGGUAUCCUUUUGUAUGGAAAGACUACCUUAAAUCUUUCAUCUUAGGGUAUAACCAUAAGCGGUUAUACGCAACGUCAUGACUAAAGACUGUAUGAAAUCCUAACACUCUGUUGUAAGACCAUUCAAAUGAAAGCUAUUGAGCAGUA